UAGUAAUAACAAUUUACGGAAAAGGCUGCCCAUUCUAGAUUGAGUAAUAACAAUUUCCGGGAAAGGCUACACAUUCUAGAUUUAAUGGAUGUAACAGAAGAAAUAUGUUGGCUGAACGUCCCAAUGUAUCUCCAGAUUGUAGAACAGAAGAUAAAUAUAUCACACAAGAUCCUCCGGAAGAAAACCCAGUGAGAACAAGUAUACAUUCAGUGCCUCACAGAGCAGAUAUAUCAUCUGUUACAUCUAAUCAUGAGGAAUGUUCUCCUGAUAACUCUGCUAUUGAUUCAUCUAUCACAGUUCUUAGAGUUGAUAAGACAUUUCCCAGUUCUGCAGGUGACAAGUGUUUUAUACAGAGCACAAAGCUUAUUACCCAUCAGCCAGCAAAGACAGGUGAGAAGCCAUAUCCAUGUUAUGAGUGUGGGAAAUGUUUUACAUGCAAAUCACAUCUUGUUAUACAUGAGAGAAGUCACACAGGUGAGAAGCCAUUUCCAUGCUCUGAGUGUGGGAAAUGUUUUACACUAAAAUCAGAUCUUAUUAGACAUGACAGAACUCACACAGGUGAGAAACCAUUUCCAUGCUCUGAGUGUGGACAGUGUUUUACACGCAAAUCACAUCUUAUUAUACAUGAAAGACGUCAUACAGGUGAGAAGCCAUUUCCAUGCUCUGAGUGUGGGAAAUGUUUUUCACACAAAUCAGCUCUAAUUGAACAUGAGAGAAUUCACACUGGUGAGAAACCAUUUCCGUGCUUUGAGUGUGGAAAAUGUUUUACCUAUAAAUCAACUCUUAUUAGACAUCAGAGAAGGGAAAGGCCAUUUUUAUGUUCUGAAUGUGGACAAUGUUUUUUAGACCAAUCACAGCUUGUUGAACAUGAAAGACGUCAUACAGGAGAGAAACAAUUUUCAUGCUCUGAGUGUGGGAAAUGUUUUUCACACAAAUCAGCUCUAAUUGAACGCGAGAGACCUCACACUGGGGAGAUACAAUUUCCAUGCUUUGAGUGUAGAAAAUGUUUUGCACACAAAUCAACUAUUGUUAGACAUCAGAGAAGUGAGAGGCCAUUUCCAUGUUCUGAAUGUGGAAAAUGUUUUAUACACAAAUCACAGCUUGUUGAACAUCAGAGAACUCACACAGGUGAAAAGCCAUUUCCAUGUCCUGAAUGUGGGAAAUGUUUCACACAGGCAUCACAUCUAGUUAGACAUCAGAGAUGCCACACAGGUGAGAGGCCAUUUCUAUGCUUUGAGUGCGGACAGUGUUUCACACGCAAAUCACAUCUUGUUAUGCAUGAAAGACGUCAUACAGGUGAGAGGCCAUUUAAAUGCUCUGAGUGUGGGAAAUGUUUUGCACACAAAUCAGUUGCAAUUGAACAUGAGAGAACUCACACAGGUGAGAAACCUUUUCCAUGCUCUGAGUGUGGGAAAUGUUUUACACACAAAUCAACUCUUGUUAGACAUGUGAGAUGUCAUAUAGGUGAGAAGUCCUUUUCAUGAUUUGAAUGUGGGAAAUGUUUUAUACACAAAUCACAGCUUGUUGAACAUCAGAGAAGUCACACAGGUUAGAAGCUAUUUCGAUGCUCUGAAUGUGGGAGAUGUUUUACACAAAAAUCAACUCAAUAUUUUUAGAGAGAUGAUAUUCUAGAGUUAGCAUUGGCUUAAAAGAUCAUAAAUGGAGCUGUACAAAUCAAAAUUCUACAUAGAUAAGAAAAAAGAUUAGACUGUAUAAAACAAUAAUCAAAGUAUAAAUUUCAAU